AUGCCUGAAAGAAUCAAUGCAACACUACAGACAAUUUACGUGUGGUUCAUAAGAAAUGUACAGCUGUGCACAGAAAACACUGACGACGAUCACGAUGUUUCAGGUCAGAAGGGAGAAACCUGUGUGAACUGCAUUGACGGAGGCAAUCUUAUACCGGGGCCCCCAGGGCCUCCAGGUCCGCCAGGCUUCGCAGGCCCUCCUGGCCCGCCAGGUGUAAAGGGAGAACCAGGUUUUCAAGGAAUAACAGGCCUUAGUGGACCCCCUGGUGUUCCUGGUCCUGUAGGUGCUCCAGGUUUCCCCGGAGAGAAAGGAGAGCCAGGAGAUACCUUCGGAGGUGGUGGUGUGAAAGGAGAGAAGGGUGACAGUGGUUUCCCUGGACCACCCGGUCUGCCUGGCCUGGAUGGUCGACCCGGUCGUGACGGAGCACCUGGGCCUCCUGGCCCCAAGGGAGCUCCUGGGUCUCUGCUCUUAAAAGGAGAACGAGGUCCCCCUGGUGACACAGGUCCGCCCGGCAUCCCAGGAGACAGAGGUCCACCAGGCGGCCCUGGCUAUGGAGUCCCGGGUCCACCAGGGGAGAAAGGUGCUCAAGGCAACUCAGGAGCACCUGGCACUUCCGGAAAUCCAGGUGUAAAAGGUGAACCAGGUCCGACGGUCACAGAGAAGGGUCAACCAGGACCCAAAGGAAUAGAUGGCAACCCAGGGUCACCCGGUCCGCCAGGUCCGCGAGGUGCGGAUGGACAGCCUGGUUCACCAGGUUUUCCUGGACCAAAGGGUGAACCGGGACAACCGGGCGUCGGCCUUCCAGGUCCUGCAGGAGUUAAGGGAUUCCCAGGUAUUCCGGGCCAGCCGGGAACACCUGGAAAAGUAGGGAGACCGGGAGUAGAUGGAUUCCCCGGGCCACCAGGGUUUCCUGGACCAAAGGGUGAGGCAGGCUUUGGACUUCCUGGUCCUCCAGGUCCACCUGGAAUAGCAGGAGCUAAAGGAUUCCCUGGACAAAAGGGAGAUCCUGGUUUCCCCGGCAACCCAGGUGGACCAGGGCGACCUGGGUUUGAUGGCGGACCAGGACUUAAAGGGGAGCCCGGCUCACCAGGCCAACCUGGACCUCGUGGGCCCCCUGGAAGCUCAACAAGUGGUGCACAGGGUCCUCCGGGCCCUCCUGGACCCCCCGGGCCAAUGGGACCAAUAGGAUACCCAGGAGCAAAUGGAGAGAAAGGAGACCCAGGUCCACCAGGCUUAGACAUCCCAGGGUUACCAGGUGACAGAGGGAAUCCUGGUUUUCCUGGCCCCCCUGGACCAAUAGGAAUCCCAGGACCCCCUGGAGGACCUGGAAGGGACGGCGCACCUGGAUUUCCAGGUCCAAAAGGUGACAUGGGUCCAAUGGGACCUCCAGGACCAUCUGGAGGACCUGGCACUCCGGGAGGACCUGGUGCACCUGGUCUUAAAGGUGAACCAGGAUUUCCAGGCAGUAACGGCAUCCCAGGUGGACCUGGUUCUAAAGGAGAAAAGGGAGACUCAGGUUCCCCGGGACUCCCAGGACCCAUUGGGCCAGUAGAUAUAAGAGGAGCUAAAGGAGAUCCUGGAACUCCAGGAUCACCAGGCUUUCCCGGACCCAAAGGCAUUGCAGGUCUCCCUGGUGACCCUGGAUUGCCUGGACAAGAUGGACGCCCUGGCAUUCCUGGUCCGCCAGGGCUAAAGGGAGAACCUGGUAUCCCAGGGAGUCCUGGUGGUCCUGGAUCUCCAGGUCCAAAAGGCGGAAUGGGCGAUAUGGGAAUUCCAGGACCUAUGGGGUCAAAAGGCUCACCAGGUUUUCAAGGUAGGCCAGGAUCCCCAGGUCAGCCAGGAAUACCUGGUCUCCAAGGACCAAAAGGUGACCCAGGUUCUGGUGGUGUUGGACCACCUGGACCACAGGGACAAAAGGGAGAUCCAGGUCAGCCCGGAUUCCCAGGAAGUCCUGGAGCUAAAGGAGGUCCGGGAACACCUGGUCUUCCUGGUUUACCAGGGCUACCGGGGGUUAAAGGAGAUGUAGGCCUCGCAGGAUUCCAAGGUCCUCCUGGUUUCCCCGGUCCAAAGGGUCUUGAUGGUCUGCCUGGUGCCCCUGGUCUCACAGGAGCUCCAGGUAGACCAGGAGAGUCUGGUCGAUCAGGACCACCAGGACAGGUCGGGGAGAAGGGUCAGCCGGGAAGAGAUGGGAUCCCAGGACCAGCCGGUAUCAAAGGAGAACCAGGAAUUCCUGGCUUUGGUGUUCCAGGUCCUCCUGGGAUUCCAGGGUCGCCAGGUGAAAAAGGAAACCCAGGCCUUCCUGGUCCUACUGGAGGCCCAGGAUUUCCUGGCCCAAAAGGGGACACCGGCUUUCCAGGUCCACCAGGUUCUCCAGGUGUCAGUGGCCCUCCAGGUCCUCCGGGACUGCCAUUCCAGGGCCCUAAAGGAAAUCAAGGACCUCCCGGGCCGCCUGGAAGAUCAGGGCCCGCAGGUCCUCCAGGUGUGCCUGGGCCAGAGGGUCCCCGCGGUCUCCCAGGAAGUGGCGGCGUUAAGGGAGAGAAGGGGAAUUCCGGAAAUCCGGGUCUGCCCGGCCAGCCUGGUCAAAAAGGAGAUCCUGGUUUUCCAGGAGCACCAGGCCCCUCUGGUGGUCCUGGUGGCCCUGGUCCAAAGGGAGAUAGAGGAUUUCCAGGCGUUUCCGGGUUCUCAGGACCAAAGGGAGAGCCAGGACUUCCUGGUCCCAGUGGACUUCCUGGAGAUCCUGGGGCCGAUGGAGCACCUGGCCCUCCUGGAGAUCCUGGGUCUUCACCUAUUGAUUAUGUGAAAGGAGAGCAAGGACCUCCGGGUCCACCAGGAAACCCGGGUGCUACAGGCCCACCUGGUCCGCCUGGAGCCCCUGGAUCCUCAGGUCUACCAGGCCCCUCUGGAGAUCCCGGCUCACCUGGUCCCCCAGGCUUCAACGGCCCACCUGGCAGGAAGGGAGACACCGGACCCCCAGGGCAAUCUGGCCUAAAGGGCAACCCUGGCCCACCUGGGUCAGAUGGUCCACAGGGUCCGCCGGGUCUUCCGGGCUCAGGGUCAGCAGCCCAUGGCUUCCUCCUCACCCGACACAGCCAGAGCGAAACAACACCAGAGUGUCCUUCCGGAACCAACUUCAUCUACGACGGAUACUCCCUGUUGUACGUGCAAGGCAACGAGAGGGCUCAUGGACAGGACCUUGGCACCGCCGGCAGCUGUCUGCGCCGGUUCAGCCCCAUGCCUUUCAUGUUCUGCAACAUCAACAACGUCUGCAACUUCGCUGCCCGUAACGACUACUCCUACUGGCUGUCAACUUUGGAGCCCAUGCCUAUGUCCAUGGAGGCUGUGACUGGAGAGAGCAUCAAGCCGUACAUCAGCAGGUGUGCUGUGUGUGAAGCUCCAGCCAUGGUGAUUGCAAUCCACAGCCAGACCAUCCAGAUUCCCUCUUGUCCCGCAAACUGGAGAUCCCUGUGGAUCGGAUACUCCUUCAUGAUGCACACUAGCGCAGGUGCCGAGGGCUCCGGUCAGGCCCUGGCCUCUCCCGGCUCCUGCCUGGAGGACUUCCGCAGCACGCCCUUCAUAGAGUGCCAUGGCAGAGGGUCGUGUAACUACUUCAGCAACUCCUACAGCUUCUGGCUGGCUACUGUGGAGAAACUUGACAUGUUCAAGAAACCCCAGUCAGAGACUUUAAAGGCAGGCAACCUACUUACACGUGUUAGCCGCUGUGUGGUUUGCAUGAAGACAACGUAAUACCACGAGGCGAGCGAGCGCUACCAGCGGCGGCGGAGGGGACGCCCCAUCCACAACAAGACACAUUUGGAUGAACAAGCGAGGGUCCGGUGAACUGUCAAGGUGGCAACAAGGUGGAAUUCCAAUGGUGCAUUGACUUCCGGGGAAAAAGAAAAAAAGAAAAAAAAUACAGAAAAUCAGAAAAUAAUGAAACAAUGGUGCUACUGUGCAACACAGCUUAUAUGAGUU